UUAAAUUUUGUAAAUACUAGAUUCUAUUGUUACGUCUUGUCUCCUUCAAUAUUAUAAGCCUACGACAUAUUAUAUUAUAAACAAAGGUAGUAAGGGUAGGUCAAAAGAGAAUAUAAUCACUACGUUUUAGGGUAGGUACUCGUUAGAGUAAAAGUGUUCUGUGGUGAGGAAACUGGACAAGUAAGCAGUGACCUCGAAAUAUUUAUUAUGAUUAAAUGAUUUACAGUUUACACUAAAAGUGUAAUUCAAAGAGUAUAAUAAUAUAUAGGGAAAAGAGAGCCCUCUCUACGCAUGCAGUUUUCUGAAAACGUCACUUUAAGGCGACUGUCCCACCCCUGGUGUAAUUCUGUGGUUUACACUCACUUCAAUGAUGUACCUCCUAGAGCGGUGGUAAUAAUUUGAAUUAUUUAUUGGCGUGACCUCAAUCCAGGUGCACAAAAAAUGUGCCGUGCAUCACAAAAUGGAUAAUUAUUAUCAUAAAGACCCUUCCAUAUUUUACAUAACAGAGAACAUUCUUGGCACUGAAGAAAGCAGUUUGGAAUAUGAAGACCAAAUACAAAAUUUUAACUCACAAUUAACCAAUCACUGUAAUUGUUUAUUGUGUGCAGAUGAUUGCCCUUGCCUACAAUCUUGUGGAUUAAAUUAUAGUGUUAGCAAUGAUGAAUUCAAAACUAAGAUAAUAUUAAAUGAAAAAGCUGUAAAGGAUUAUGUGAUUGUUGAAUGUAAUGAUUUCUGCACUUGUUCAAAUAGCUGUGCUAAUCGUGUUGUUCAAAUGGGGCCAUGUAAAGGACUUUAUGUGUUAAAUUGCAAAGAAAAAGGACUAGGUCUAUUUACAUCCCAAAUAAUUCUAAAGGGUAGUUUUAUUUGUGAAUAUGCUGGUGAAAUUAUAACAAAUCGUGAAGCGAGGAGGCGGGACCUAUUAAAUAGAUUAAACAACAAAAUGAACUAUAUAUUUUGCUUGAAUGAAAUUGUUGGUCAUAAGAAGAUACAAACAUAUAUUGACCCAAGUUUAUUUGGCAACAUAGGACGUUAUAUAAAUCACAGUUGUGACUCAAAUUCUUUUAUACUCCCUGUGAGAGUAAACUCUCCCAUUCCUAAGUUAUCUAUAUUUAGUAGUUCUGUUAUAUAUCCUGAUACAGAAAUAACAUUUGAUUAUGGAAUGAAUUAUUUUAAUGAAACAAAAGAAGGGAUGGAGAAUAGGAAGAUUUGUUAUUGUAACUCACAAAAAUGCAGAGGUUUUCUUCCGUGUACUGAUUUUUAAUAUACAAAUUACCAUAAUAAAAAUCCGCUGGAUGUGAUAAUCAUUUCUGAUAAAGAGCACCCAGAUCUGUGCAUGCAUAGUUCCCUGUAUGGGAACUGUGGUCAUAAACUGGAACAGUGAUUAAAUUAUUGUUAAAAAAUGUUUGAUUUGCAAAAUGUUACAGAUAUUUAUAUUAUCAUACUUUCUGUUUUUGAAAUGUGUGUUACUCUAUAAAUGGGAUAGGAGGCAAACUAGUGUAUUGGUUACCUUAUGGUAAGUGAUUGAGCUCUCCACCUCCAUCCAUGUUCUUAUGUUGAUAUCCAUGUCGCACCUACACCAGUAACAGUUGGGAACUGUAUUCUUGAAGUUGUUGACAAGUACAUGUACCUUGGACAAACAUUUCAGUUUGGUUCAUCAUGCUCAAAUGGCAAUGAUUACUGUGGCAACAUGUACUGGGUUGUUUCCUUCCCUCAAAUAUGUGUGAUGGGAACUUUGGCUGGUCAAUAAAUCAACUCGUGAACAAGUGCUUCUUGUUGUGCCUGUUCAACCUGUUAUAAUUAAUAAACAAUGAUGUUCUAUAAAUAUGAACAUACCAUUCACAGUCUGAAGUGGAACAGCAAAAGUGUGCUUAAAGACAAUGCAAGCACAGUUUUCUCCUUAAUCAAUUCAAGUCAAUCACCAAAUCUAAGUGAACCUUAAAAAAUAGCUUAAGACAUUACUUAUUAUUUACUUAAUUUAUAUGAGAUGGGUUCACAAAAAGAAUUUAGUAAAACAGAUAUCUUUUCAUUAAAUAUGGUACAAGUAUUCACAUCCCUUUCUCUCCCGCUUGUCAGAAUGAGACAUGAAAGGAUGCGACAAGCACACAGAAAUGAAAACUAUAGAGUCACUCUUUUUUUAAAGGCCCAGUGAACAAUGUUUAGCAAAAUUGUAUUUUUUAUGUCGAAAGUCAUUGCCGAUAGGGUCGCUUUUUUAACUUCCCGCUAAGAAAAUUGAAAAUUCGGGAAACUGGUUGCAUCUCGUUCUUCGAAAAUGGAGUUUUUAUCAGAUCUCGACAUUACCGGCCCCAGAAGCUUCUCUGACUAUUCCCGCGAUGGUGUCCGUACGUAUGAACGUGUGUGUGCAUAUGUUUGUAAACCUCUUUUAUUUUUUGUAUGGCUCAACCGAUUUCAUCGCGGUUGGAGCCUUUGGAAAGGACUUGACCAAGCUUAAAUUUUGAAUACAAUUCGGAUCGAUUCGAACCGGUACAAUUUAAGAAUUAUCAAAAAACCUAGGAAAAAAAAAAUUCUGAGAGAGAAAACAUAUGUCAACUGUCUUGUCUUCAACAAAACUGUCAACCGCAAAGAGUAUAAUAAGAUAUAGGGAAAAGAGGGCCCUCUCUACGCAUUAUAAGCUGUUUAUGAAAACUAGCGCCAUCUGGAGAUUGGCCCCGAAAAUAACUAUAUAUAAGCUCGAAAUUAUUAAAUUCAGCAAUCCACCUUCACUCGCGGAGGAAAUGAAGCUUUUGCGGUCUGAGAUUUAAAUUUUUCGACUCGAAGUGUCUAAAUAUACGUUAGUUGUGGAAAUACUUACCAAUAGAAUGGACAGUAUCGAGGAACGAAUAAACCGACUUGAGACAAAAUUUUGUGCCGACCAGGAUCAGCUGAAGCAAUGUUCAGAGGUCAACGAGACUAUUGACAUCUUAAAAAAACAGCUAAAUGACUCUUAACAAGAUAAGUUGCUAAACGAUGUCAAGAUCUCAGGUCUCCAGGAAAAUAAUGGGGAGAAUCUGUUACAUGUUGUCAUUACACUCGCUCAAAAGAUAGGGUUUCUCGAGGAACGUGAUAUAGUGAAUGCAUAUAGGCUCGGUGCACGCAUCAAUGCUAUGGAAUCCAGGGGAGCCGGCUCAGAAGCAACCCGACGGCCGCGCGUCGUUCGGAACGGAUCCCGGGGUAUAUAAGCCGUACUAAGCGUGGCCUACGGCAGUUCUAGUUCUGACUCGAAAGUGUAAAGAAGAAGAAGAAGUAAAGAAGAAGUAGUGAAAAGUGGAAGUGUUCCAAGAGGAAGAAGAUAAAAGAGACUUAGUGUUCGGUGCGGUGUGACGCGUUGAAGGUACCGCCGCCCACAAGAGGGACAGCGGCAGACCGGCGAAGUGCAAGUUCAGAAGUGCAAGUGCAGAAGUGAACGCAAAUAAAGACUCGUUCCUAUAA